UGGAUUUGGAUAUGUCCCCUACUUGUAUAUAAAAAAACCCUAGGUGUGUGCGAAUCCAAGAAAGAAAGAAGACAUGGAGGUUCCAAGAAAGAAAGAGAUUAAGGAGGAUGUGAUGGUGGAGAGCGACAGGGGGUGGUGGUUGACGGACUUCCAGAAGGAUUUGACGGAAAAUAGCGAGAUAGUGUUUGUGCCCUAUUUUGAACUGGCAAUCAGAUUAACGGAUGAUUACGAUAACUUGGGUUGGUUGAAGAUUGAUCCACCAAAAUUUUGGUUUGUAGAUAAAGCUGUUCGCCGUGAACAUUCGCACACAGAUUCAGAUCCGCCUUGUUCUCACGUCCAUUCCAAUCCUGAUCCUCUCCGCCGUUGUUUUCAUUUCUAUACAAAUUCUGUGGAUAUGAUAAAGGUAAAGGAUAUACAUUUUUGCAAAUAUCCUCUCUUUUGCUGUAGUGCGUCUAUUGGAUCCACCAUUUAUUGUGUCGGUGGUGAUAAAGACAUCGAUGCCGAUGUCAAUGCUAUUUUUUCUGAGCUAAUCGGACCUCCAAUCACAUCUAAUCCUCACAAUUUCAGUAGAACAGUUCCUCGGAAUAAUUUGAGUCAUAAGAUUGGCUCACUUGACCCUCGUGAUAGAAAAAUUUGUUGGAUGCUUGACAAUGCACCUACCUUGUUUUCCCCUAGAUACCUCCCUAAGAUUGUGGCUGUGGGAGAGAAAAUUUAUCUGUUUGGUGGUAAUAGGUUGCCUGUCAACAAUCUAGAUUAUGUCCCGUUUGCUGAGGUCUUUGAUCCGGAAGCAGCACCAAUCAAAUGUUUCCCUAUCUGUGAUCCUCCUUUUCCUAGUAGGAUUGGUCAAGGUAUUCUGUUUGUAGCUCCCUUCCUCGGCAGAUAUGGUGAAAGAAAAAUUCUUGUCAUGUCUCGGGCCAUUUACAUAGACCCUCCCCUAGGCGCCGAUGCUGCAGCCAUAUAUGAUAUUCCCACAGAUACAUGGGAGCCUUUCUAUGACCCUGAUAGAUGGCAGCUGUUACAUCACACCCAUGACAUUAUUGGGGCACCCAUCCCGGUUGCUCAUCAGGACUCCAUCUACUGGUUGGGGGGUAGAUUUGAGGAAAGCCCCAUCCGCAUUGCUUCUUAUAAUUGGAAAACUAAACACUUCUGGAAAGGUACCAUCUAUGGUUUACAACAUGAAUCGCCUUUUGAUUACAUCAAUGACUCCUCCAAGAUACUGCUUCAUCUCAAUCGGGAUCUCUUUUAUCUCGUCUGGGAUGAUUUGGUAUCCGUCUCCACUAGUGAUGAUGAUCGUGAUCAUGAUCAUACACAUAUCCAUUUCACCCUUUUAAGGGUUUGCAGGGAGGAUCCUCCUUCUACCUCUUUGUCAGCUUUUGUGGUAGGUUGUUUUUCUUACAUUUUGCCCCUGACAUGUGAUGUCGAACGAGCCUAUGUCUUGAAGGCGUCAAAGGGGAUAUUAUCUUGACGAAGAGCACACAGGAGCGCAGAUUGAAAAAGAUUUUGCUAGGCUGCUCUCUCAGAUAAUAUUUUAUCAUUAGUUUAAUUUGUCUACUUCAGUUUAGGAUUACUGGUUCGUGGUUUUAGCUUCUUUGUUGCUUAUGUUAAGGACUCCUUGUAGUGUGCCGUUGACAUUUCUGGAACUACUAUGUCAUGUUUGUAGACAUUGAUCCAACACGUUUGGCUUGUUUAAUUUCAGUUAUUUUGAGAAACUAAUUUCAGUUAUUUAUUAAUUGUUAUAUUUGUCA